UUAUAAUUGCUUUACUUGAUAUUGGAAAUGAUAUGAGAGUUUUUUUUUUCUUGUUAUACAAUAGGCGAGACAAAAAGGCGAAAAUGGACUCCACAGGGAACCCAAUCACGUACCCUUGUGAAUCUCGAGGAGAGGAUGGAGCCUCCGACAGCCAGCGUUUGUGUGGCGGCUGCCGCAGUAGCCGCCGGAUUGUACAUCUACUUUGGGCCCUCUAAUCCACCCAGAUCUCGCAAUCCAAAAGGUUUGUGUGCUGGCCUCUAUAAUCUCGGGAACACUUGUUUCAUGAACUCUGUGUUACAGGGCCUUGCAUCCAUAGCAUCAUUCGUUUCCUGGACAGAUGAGUUCACAUGGCGCAAAGAGCAGCUAAAUCAGGAUGGGAACUUGCUUGGCGAGGCGAUUGUUGAACUCAUGAAAGAGCUUAACAUUGAAUGGAACGAAGAUGAUGCAGUGUUAUCGGCAGGGCCCAUCAUACAAGCCUUACAGCACCAUGGAUGGGUUAUACCAUCUAACCAACAGGAUGCAUUUGAGUUCUUCCAAGUUUUAUCGUCAACACUUGAAGAGGAACUUGGAGAACUUCCAGCCAUAUUGGACUUAAGUAGUAUCACAUCAGUAGAGAAAUCCAAAGGAGGCCUUGAUGGCUCUGUUAGACACAGAAUAUCGAGAGUGUCUUAUGGAAGGCACUGUGUCAAGAAGCAUGUGCCCUUUAGGGGGCUUUUAGCAAGCCAGCUGGUGUGCAAGGAAUGCAGAUUUAAGUGCCCUGUCAAGUUUGAUGGAUUUGAUAGCAUUUCUCUAAGCCUACCAAUGACACUUCAGGUUGGGCUGAGCUUAGAGGAUCUGCUACAGAAAUUUGUUUGUUCAGAAUCCGUAGACUCCGUGGAGUGCAAGGGUUGUGGAAAUCUUGGAUCAGAAAACACAAAGUCGUCCUUCAUUAAGCGCCUCACAGUUGGGAAACUGCCGCAGUGCCUCUGCAUCCAUGUCAAACGCACCUACUGGCACAAUAAUGGUAUGCCGUACAAGAUCAAUACGUUUGUGAGAUUUGGGGAAUAUCUCAACCUUGGUCCAUACAUGUACGAUCCAGUAUCCCGCAGCCCCAAGAGAUCCCGGUCAGAUCUUAACCUGCCCAUGACUAUCAAAUUACUAGCAGAGGGCGAUGAGGGCAUGAGGUCGCCCACCAAAAGAGUUCGCACAAGUUCUGUCAACAUGCAGAUGCUGUCAGAGCUGGGCAGUGCAUUCCCAAGUGGAUUACUUUCACCCAUCAGCUUUAGCAGACAGAACUCUGAGAGCAGGUCACGCACUGUGUACCAACUCACCGCGGUCACAUCCCACACGGGUGAUGUUGACGACGGUCAUUACGUCACUUAUCGCCGCUUCGUGCCAUCACACCCAGACGAGAGAGGCUCCCUGUGGCUCUACACCUCGGACGAACUUGUGGAAGUCGCUACACACGAUCAGGUGUUCUCGAGCUCUGCGUACAUGCUUUACUAUGAGCGAUGUCCCGCGGGUUUCGAGGAACUCGCUAAAUGUUUCGAAUCGGUGAUGGAAUGCGACGAUUGAUGAGGCAAAUUCUACUCGUGUGACGCCAAUAAACGAAUGGCUUCACUUUCGACGGACAUGCUCAGACAUCCAGUGUACUUUGCGGUCGUUCUGCAAAUGACAUGUUUAUAGAGUAUAAUUCGUACUUGCCAAAUAUGAAAUAAUGAUGACGUGAAUGGCGGAAAAUAUUCGUGAUGUCGUCUUAGCGAGUCCCUUUAAGCAUUUGGGUAUAUCCGUGGCUAAGAAAAGGGUAUAAAAACAUUCAGCUCUUCCUCAAUAUCACUAUAAAAUGGCAUUGACUGGUGGAGUCAACAAUACCAAUACAUUGUAACUAUUUGAAUGCUGUAUAUUUGAGAUUUCUUUCUAGUGUAAAUUAUGUAUAUGCUGAUGGUGUACCUAGCAUAAGGAAGGGUUUUUUUUUCUAUUUGCAAGAUUAAAAUUAAGGAAAAAU